GUAUAAGUUGAUUCGAAAACGACUUCGCUGAAUUCCCUAGAACCAAUCGAAACCGCUGUUGUUGUAAUGACUUUCUAUACAGAUUUGGUGUCUUCCUCGUUAUCCACAGUGCGUCUAGUGGUUUGUUCCGUAGGAAGUAUUGGUUGAGAAGCUCUCGAUGCAACAUGGCUAGACGAAACCUCGGAUCCCACGCAAUUAUCUUUUUGUUCGAUGGCAGAGGUAGAGCCAWCACCGGUGGCUUUUGCCAACAUUCCAUCGUUCUCCUUCUCGCUGCUUGCAUCCUCCCGGUCUUUAGCGACUGCUACGGCGGUAGCUGCUGCUACGGUUGCAGCURCCGCCUCGGAGGCUUCGGCAGCAAGCAUGGAAACGGUCAUGCCCUCCCUCAUGGUCUCCUGUGCGGCGAGCCACGCGGCUAUUUCGGGGUACUCGAUGGCAAGAUUUUGGGACACAAUCCACUCACUUAGUUCCUCGGACGCGACGGCCCUAGCACCGUAGCGCUUGCCAAAGCUAAGGACGCGGUCGUAGAGGAAUUUUCUACUGGCCAACGCGACAUUGGAGACCCUCUGGGCGGCUUGGCUCGCCACGUUGCUGCCGGUGUUGGUUCCCACGACCAACCCGAGCGCGGCACCCGCCAUUGCAAACAGCGUUCCCCUGCGGCCCAUUGUCGCCCCCAUUUUGGAYGGAGCCAAUGACGGUACGGAUAUAUUAGUGGAUCGAGCCGUUGUUCGCCGUUGUAUCUCCUCUCUUGCACCGCAGUUGCGGUCAUCGUGAUUAUCGUCACCAUCUUCUUGAUUUUCUGGGAUGAAACCAGGCUUWGCCAUGGCUGCGGAUGCCGAUAUUGAGCAUCUCUUUUUCAAAAAUCCCACAGAUUUCCCUAAGUGUAUC